AUGGCGCAACAGUUGAAGAACGUCGUUCUUGCUGGUUCAGCCGGCAACGCCGGAUCCAAGAUCCUGCAAUCCUUGGUCGACUCUGGACAGUUCAAUGUCACCUUGUUGGUGCGCAAGACGGCAGUCGCCCCUGCCCCUGGAGUGACCGUCAAAACUAUUGAUUUUGGGUCGAUGGCCGCCCUAGUCGAAGUGUUCAAGGGCCAAGACGCCGUCAUCGAUGCCACGAUGAGCCCAGAUGCAACGAUGCCCCUGCGCAUGAUCGAUGCCGCUGUCAGUGCUGGCGUGAAAAGGUUCAUUCCUUCUGAAUUUUCUUUGGACCCGAACAAUCCGUUAUCGCGGUCUGUCCCGGUUUUUGGUCCUAAAAAUCAAGUGUUGUCUCGGCUCAAGGAUCUCGCGUCGACGGGACGGUUGACCUACACCACGAUUUCCAAUGGGGCUUUUCUCGACUGGAACCUGCGAACGGGUUUCAUCAAGAUAAACAUCAAGGACAAGAAGGUGGAACUUAUGGAUGGGGGUGACGUGGUUAUCCCCUGGACGCUGUUGGACCACGUUGGAAGAGCGACAGCAAAUGUUCUCCUCCAUGCGGAACAGACGAAGAACCGUUCGGUGUAUAUCUCCACUGUCGAAAAGAGCCAGAAAGAAAUGUUUAAGCUGGCACAGGAGGCGCUUGGGAGCGAUGGCUGGACUGUUUCAUCCUUGGAUAUGGAAAUGGUUUACCAGGAAUCUCUUAGGCAGAUGAAGGCUGGCAAUCUCACAUUUGAGGUCUUUGGGAACAUGAUUCUCUAUUGCAAUUCUAGGCUGGAUUAUUCUGGAAAGUGGGAGAAGGAUGACAACGCUCUGCUUGGAAUUCAGCCCUGGAGCGACGAGGAAGUCCGACAGCUUAUUCGGUCAAUCGCAUCCGAGUAG